UUAAUUAUUAUUAUCAGGAAAUAAAAAAUAACUUAGAUUACAACUGAUAAAGCACAUGUUUUGCUCAAUCCUUAAUUAAUUACCGAUUAAUUAAUUAACAGUCAUGUGGGGUGCGGUCGUGAUUUUAACAAUAGCUGCUGGGAUUUCGGCAUCUGCUGAAGUUCUUCAAGCGUCCCCAGAAACUUUACAUGCAGACUCCCGCAUAGUGUCAGGAUGGGAGGCCAGGGAAGGCCAGUUUCCCUACAUGCUGUGGCUGCGGACAGUCCGCUGGACAGGUGACAUCACUGCCUGUGGCGGCUCCAUCAUCCACCAGCGAUGGGGUCUUACUUCUGCUAGAUGUACCGCUCAGCGCGUCGAGAUCACGAUCCAUGCCGGCAGCGUGAACCGCAACACUCCUCGAGUGGUGCUGCAAGCUCUCGACACCUUCAGACCUCCAGGGUAUGAAGACUCCAUGCAGCCCAUCACUCAGCCUAACGAUAUCAGUCUCAUGCGGUUCAGCCAGGACCUCACUUUUAAUAGCAACAUCCAACCGAUCAGAAUCCAGCGAUCAGCCGACAGGGACCGCGACUACAGCAGUGUGCUGAUGACCACCAGCGGCUGGGGAACCACAUGGACUUGCAUUGAGGCCAACUGCCCUACUCCCGUAAUCCUGAACUGGGUGCACCUAGUGGGCGUGUCGAACUUCAUGUGUCUGCUCAUCUACAACUCCAACUACCUCAUCAGACCCACUACUGUCUGUGCCGGCCCUUACAACGUCACCAGCCAGUCUAUUUGUGGGGGUGACAGCGGAGUCCCACUAACUACGGUGGAGGCUGAUGGAGUGGCCACUCAAAUCGGAAUUGGUUCAUUUGCCUCUGGAUUUGGAUGUCACGUUGGUUUGCCUGGAGGUUUCACCCGGCCCGGCCACUACCACGACUGGAUCCGUCAAGUCACUGGCAUCAGCUUCGACAGGAGUGUAGCUGAUGAUGACCUGAUCAAUAAGACCGCUGAUGUGUACGAAGACAAGGCAACUCUAGAUGUACUGGAAACAAGAGACGACGUGAAGAUUUAUCAAUAAAAUAAAGCUGUAGCAAACUGAAUUUAUUUCAAAGAACGACACAUACACUCACAAAAGAUGUCAUAACAACAUGUGCAAGAAAUGUAAUAAAUAAGUAAAUAAACAAUAAAAUAACACAUA